AUGUCCAUUGCUUCCGAUUCCGCUAUUAAGCUAUCUCAAAAUGCAGAGUUCCUUAUCGAAAGCAACAAGGCCUGUGAAUCUUAUUUAUUGCAGGCAAUUUCGGAAUAUCCUGUUGAUGAAGUCUGUUUAUUGCCAUUUUUAUUUGCAAUUUUCCCUCUUGGCUUUGACUGUGGGAUUUUCUCUAUUCAUAUGAAGGGGCUAUUUUUGGCUUCUUUUGAAAAAUAUUUAUCCUCAUUUACAAGUGAAAAGUCCAUCUUUGGUGCCAUACUUUGUGAGAGGUUAUCCGGAUUGCUGGUCGCAUUGAUUGGGUCGGAUUUCAUAAUCCAAUAUUGCAAUAAGACGUAUGCUUGUGGCUGCCAUUUUUAUUUAUUUAGAUUGGAAGCUUUUGCGCCUUCUCUUUGCUCUUUUUCGCAGAAUACCCGUGGAAUCAGUAGUCGUCUAUCCACGCUGAGACUUAGUAUUCCUUUUGAGGACUUUGAAGAGGCAAGUAGUUUAUCUGCGUCGGCAGAAAAGCUUCAGAAACUAGAAAAAAGAUUCACAGAUUCGCCCUCAAGUUCUUUUCUUAUCAGCGAACUCUUUUUAAAGUCGAUCGGCACAAUCGAGUCAUUUGCCUUUUGGUCGGCGGUCGAGGAAAACAUAACUAUUGAAUGCUCAAAUUUGGCGGGUAGCCUUAUUCGCCCCAACGUCUCGGAUCCUGCUCUUAUUUUGGAUGGUGAAUGGCAGGUCAAUUUAGCCCAAGCUUUUCUUCUUGGAAAGAAAUUUCAAUACUAUACGCCCACGGUCACUGCGCUCUCGUUGUCACCCUUUGAAAAGAUGCUUGCGAUUGAAAAUGGCAGGAUUUUCAAUUCCACACCAGCCAAUCUUUUCGGUGGCGGUGCGUUUAUAGUAUCGUUUUUUCGGGGAUUCAUGGAACAUUUCGAAUAUUCUUGCUGCAUUGACUCUGUUGUUGGCUUUCUACCUAAAUUUCGGACAUUUCUGUUAAAUUCAUUGAUCAGCUCGACGCAACUCUCCGUGAUUAUAUUGUUUUGGGUUGAUGAUUUCUUUAAGCUUCUUAAAUUGAAAAUUCCCAGCCAAGAUCAAAAACACCAUCCUCAACCUCUGCAAACACCAAUAAUCGAGUCUUCGCUUCUUGUAUGGGGUCCGAACUUUAUUUUGUUUGAAAUUCCCAGUUCAAGACAACUGUUUACGGAGCUAAGAAACUCUGCUCUACCAACAUUAGUUCACUUGCCUACCGAUGUGGCAGCCACAUCGCCGGGCAUCAAUGUUAGGCCGUCCAGAGUUGUUACCCCGGUAGUCGACUCAUCCAUUAUGACGGUAGGAUUUCUUUUUGAUCGCUAG